AUGAUCAAUAUUCUAUUUCAUUUCAUCGUGAUUGUAUUUAUCACAAUAAAUAUUCUGUCACUUGAUCCUGUCAACGGUCUCAUCAAUUGGAAUGGAAAUAAUUGGGCUAUGUCGUGUGAUUUCUUUGGAAAAGAUCUUUCAAACGCUCGAACUUCUGGAGAACUUUGUGGUGAAACAUGCGCGAGAACUCCAGGAUGUACCCAUUUUACAUGGACUCAAUACAAGGAUGGUACUUGCUGGAUGAAAUCGGGUACAGUUUCUAAAAGUGAUGCUUUUUCAACCAAGGAUCCAACGAUGGUCUGUGGUGUAGUAGGGUCGCCUAGUAGUUCCGAUUGGACUCUUGUAUGGGAAGAUAAUUUCAAUUGGAACGGUGGAAUCGAUACUACAAAGUGGGAAUUUGAUGUCGGUGGAAGCGGUUGGGGUAAUAAUGAGAAACAAUUUUACACAGAUAAUCGACAGGAAAAUACACGUUGUGAGCUAUUUCCAGGUAGCAGUAAUGGUCGUCUCAUUAUUGAAGCACGUCGAGAACGAAUGGAAAACUGUGAAUUUACGUCGGCUCGCCUCAAGAGCAAGAUCAAAUGGACAUAUGGUCGUUUGCAAAUUCGUGCCAAACUACCUGACGGUCGUGGUCUAUGGUCAGCUCUUUGGAUGUUACCCGAAAAGGCAACACACAGCGGUGUCUAUUGGCCAGAUAACGGUGAAAUAGAUUUGAUGGAACAAGUUGGCUAUGAUCCACUACGUAUUCAUUCAACUGUGCAUACACAGGCAUAUAAUCAUAUAAAAGGCACUCAAAAAGGUCAUUCCAUUAUUGUUAGUGAUGCUGUUUCAAAUUUUAAAAUUUAUACUCUCAAUUGGAAUCCUGAUCAAAUUGAAAUGUACGCUGGUGAUGAUGCUAAUCCAUUCGCUCAUCAUAUCUUUACAUGGAAUAAAAAUGGUGAUUGGACACAAUGGCCAUUCGAUAAACCAUUCUUUAUUAUUAUGAAUAUUGCUGUGGGUGGUAGUUGGUGA